AUGGAGGUGCUGCUGCUGCUGCUGCUGCUGCUGGGGAAGAAGAAAAAGAAGCAGCAGCAACUGCAGCAGCAACAGAAGAAGCAGCAGCUCAUGAAGAUACUGCAGCAGCAGCAGCAGCAACAACAACAACAGCAGCAGAAGAAAAAAAAACAACACCACCCUCAUCAAGAGCAUCACCACCACCACCACCACCAGCAGCAGGAGCAGCAGCAGCAGCAGCAGCAGCAGAGAAUAAGGGUUUAA